AUGAUCAAUCGACCUUCAUCGGGAAAAACGUAUGGUAGGCCAACGAGUGCCUUCAGCAACAAUGGAAAUAUCAACAACAAUGUAAUUCUCACCAAGAAGGAGGGAAAUGCAGAUCACUCCUCCUCGAGUUUAUCUGCUGUAUCCAAUGUAAAUAACAACCUUCAUGCCAUGCUCAAUUCGAAUAGUAGGGAACGAGAGCAAUCACCUCUUCACGGAACAAACAAUCAAACAAAUCUAAACACGUCAUCAUCGAUCAUACAAAAUGACCGAUCCUUUUUUUCAAAUAUUAAUCUUAAUACAACAAAUAAUGUAUAUAAUUCAACAACAGUAAUGGCAAAUAAUAACAAUACCAUUUCGACUGCAUUAUCGCCGAGCUCAUCAUUCUAUGUCAUCUUGAAUGGAGUGAUCAGUCACUGCGAAUAUCCUGGAAAUCAUAACAUUUCAUGCAGUUUCCAAUUUGUAUAUGGACAGGACUGGGAAGUAGUCCGAUCCACAGGAGAAGGAGUUAGUUUGGAGAGUGGAAUCACCCAAGUAGCUAUGAGACCAAGAGGAACCAAUUCGAAGAGUGUUUGGAAUUUUCCACUCGAGAUAUCAUUCCGAAGUACCAAUCCCUAUGGUUGGCCCAAGCUGUGUCUAGUGGUUCAAGAAGGAACAGGAAAGCAAACCAUUCUGGGAUACGGAUGGGUUCAGGUGCCAGUUGGAGCUGGAAAGCACACAAGGACCGUGAAACUGUUCAAACCACAGAGCACGUCUCUCAUACAGAAAAUUAUUGGUUCUGUGAAAGGAGUGGCUCCCGAGUAUUUUGAUUCCACUCUCGUGUGUAAAGGGGAAGGUCGAGAAGUGACCAGAACAGAAUGUGUUGGAGGAGAAGUCACCGUUGAAUUCAACAUCAUGCACAAAGGCAUGUCUCAAUUCGGAUUUGAAACAUUUUCGCAGCAAUAA